AUGUCUGACGAAGAAUCUGAACAUGACGAAGCUGAAGAAAUCGAAGCAGAAAAUAAAUCAGAAAAUGACGGUGAAGAAGAAGCAAAAUCUGAACAUAGUGAAGAAGAAGUUGAAGAAGAAGUACGUGAAGAAGUUCCAUUAACUGAUGAAAUAAUAGCACAAUCACUUUCAUUACUUGCAAAAACAGGAAAUGGUUUAGCACAUGCUUAUACUCGUUUAGAAGCAUCCAAUCGAAAUUUAACGGAUAUAACACGUCUUGAACCAUUUGUUCAUUUACGUUUUCUUGAUUUAUCAAAUAAUCGUCUUCGUAUAAUAAAUUCUUUAAAUCGUUUAAAAUUUUUAUUAACACUUAAACUUGAUUCAAAUGAAUUAUCAACAUUUGAUUUACCACCAUUUCCAUAUUUACAAACACUUAGUUUAAGUAAUAAUCGUUUACGAUCAAUUGUUGGUAUUGAACAACCACGAUUAGAAAUACUUAAUCUUAAUCAUAAUCAAAUUGAUACUUGUACGGGUCUUGAACAAAGUAAAUUACCAAAUUUAAUAACACUUGAAAUGCGAGAAAAUCGUUUAACAACAACAAAAAGCAUAGCAUUACCUAAUUUAAAAAAUUUAUUUAUUGCAGCUAAUAAUAUAACACAACUUGAAGAUUUACAAGAAUUAAGUCGUUUAACAACACUUCAUUUACGUGAUAAUAAAAUUGAAAUAUUAGAUGGUUUUAGUGAAAAUAUGAAACAAUUGCAAUAUGUCAAUUUACGUGCGAACAAUGUUACUGAUCCAGAAGAACUUAAAAAAUUGGCUGUAUUACCAAUGCUAAGAGCACUUGUUUUAUUAGAAACACCUUUAUCUGAAACUGAUUCAUAUCGAAUGGAAGUAUUAGUUGCUAUUGAUAAACUUGAACGAUUGGAUAAAGAUCAAUUUAAUGACGAUGAAAAAAAUGAUGCACAAGAAGAACAAAAACGUCGAGCUGAAGAAAAUCGAGAAGCAACAGCUGAUGAAGGUUCAAGACAAGAUGGUAUUGCUGAUGACGAACAAUAA